AUGAGCUCCAUCGCCCUGUUUUUGAGUUUCCACGUCCUCCUGUCUUGCUACCAACUGACGUUCGCUCAGUCAGACGACGAGCCAUUCAUUCUAGUAGAGGAUGAUGUUCUGCCAUUCUGCGAUGAGCAGCAAUUCAUCACCUUCAAUGGAACCCAUCUCGUAUGCCGCAACAUGACCGAGAGACCGUGCAACUGCCCUGUAAUACUCCCAGAUCCACCUCCAGGCUGCCAACAUUUUCCGCCACCUCCCCGCGGUGGAUUCCUCUGCCUCCGUACAGAAGCCACAAUCUACUGCUCCGUGCAGUGCGACAACACCUCAGAGUUCUCUAGUUUCCCAUUCAACCCAUACCGCUGUGGACCAGAGACAAUUUUUUAUGGAAAGACCCCGCAGCAGCCUCUUAUAAGGAACUGCCCCAGUGUGACAGUACUCCGUCAGACUAUGUUCCCUGAGAGCAACUAUAUCCCUGUUCCCUGUGAUCAACUAACGGAAGAGCAGAAGAGGGAGAAAUUUGAAGGCUUGCUGAUGGAUUUGCAGUGGAUCUACGGAUGCACCAACUGUGACUUGGAACAGGCCUUUGUUGACUGUCCACCAGUGCCACCCAACUCUCAAUAGACCACACUUUGUGAUUGACGUAUAGUAUGCUUGCCUCAUUUGUCCAUUGUUUUCUGUUGCCUUGUGAACGAUGGCACAAGAUUUGUAACAAGUUGCACUCACAGCAGAGUUAUUGUGCAGCAGAGUUAUUGUGCGUUGGAGGUCAAAUAUAGUAACUCUAGUCUAGUUCCAUAACUCUGGAGUAUAGCUAGUGCUGCAAGCAGAUAUGGUCGGAAGAAUCGAAGUGUCUAUGUCCGGCACAAAUGGACGUGUCAGGAAGUGUCAGUUAGCAACAGUCUGCUGGAUAUUUGCAGGUCUUAUUUUGACAGCCGAGGCAUUUAAUACGGCUGAGCAGCCGGCAGGGGAGGAACCGCGCGGCAUUGACGGAAGUGCAAGCGGGAGCCCACCGGCACCGGCCAUGUCCAUCGCUGUACCGACAUGCUCGCGAGACGACGAGUUUCUUACCUCUAACGGAACGCACUUGCUCUGCCGGAGAUUACCUCCCUGUACAUGUUUUGUUGAUGGUGCAGAACCCGAACCUGAUCCCCCCGUCCCGUUACCUCCAACAGGAUGCACUGUGUAUGAUCCCCCACUGAGAGGAGCAACUGCCUGCUACCUGGACACAACUGCUACCCUCAUGUACUGCCAAGUCUACUGCGAUCACAACUUUGAGUUUCUCACAACGCCUCAAAAUCCCUACUCCUGCGGUCCUACCACCAACUUCCAGUGGCUCGAUGUCACAGGGAGACUCAUUACUACAUUCCCCGAGUGUACAGCUCACAGGAUUACUAUAGGUACUAUACACAGCCAGGUCAACUACCUCCCUUCUCCCUGCUACGGACUAACAGACCACACCAUUCUUGCCAUUAUGGAUGAGUUUCGCGAGAUUCUGCGCCUGGUCGGCGUCUCGGCACCCCCAGAGGACAUCUUCAUGCGUUGUCCAUCGUUUGAUGGCAGGGUCUACAUCUACAAUGAUGUUUUGGUCCGCGCUACACACAAACGGAAAAGGCAAGCAAUUCAAAAUGAAAACAAAAUAUUUCACACAAAUGACGAGGGAAACUCAAUUCACUAAUGUGCUACUUUUUCUAUGACUAUAUAAGUAAUAUUGUGUAAAGAGACUGGAAAAUUGUGUGAAGUUAUAAUCUUUUAGAAUUUUCCCGUGUUAUAUGUUGGGUAUUGCAAUAAGUGCUGUGUUGAUAAACAGAGCGUGAGUCACUUGCGGAUGGGCAACAGUUUAGAAACAGAAACAAACCUAUGGGCAUACAGGGUAUAGGAUGAAGGGGCAUACAGGGUAGCUAUGUGCAGUGAAUUGCUUCUACUAACAGUGGUGAGUGUGUGUCACUUUCUAUGGAGUUCCAGUGUCUCGUACUGAGAUGACUCAUCCAACGAUUUAAGGUUGAUAGUCUGGUACACUGCAGAGGAUUUCUUCGAUGGUCGUGAAAACGUUUCUGCAGUGGGUUAUUUGUGCAUGUUGACAUACUGGAGGUCGAAGCUAAGUGAGAGGUCUGUCUCACCGCCACUGGUCUCUAGGGUGAUCGGGGCCGGUGACUGAGAUUUCUGUUUCUUCUUCCCCUUUUUCCUGCGAGGCAUGGGCUUGGGCGUCUCUUCGCCGGUCGACAGAGUGGGACUCCUGUUUUUUGGCGCAAAAAUAGGGGAGGGCGGGAGAGGGCGCUGUUGGAUCUUGCUUCGAUGCUCUGGUAGGGACCACUCAGAUCAGAGUGACUGGCAGAUUUCUUGACCGCCAGCUCUCGAUUCUGUGGUACAAGUGGUGUCAUGGAUGCCGAGGGAACGAGGUUACUCCUGUCUCUCAUCCCAAAGGGAGGAUAAAAGUCGUGGUCCAUUCUCUCAGAGUCCAAGAAACUCCGAGCUGGUCUGGAGAGUGGCGGAGUGGACCAGUCCGAGAGGUUGGGAGUCGAGCAAGAGACUCUCGGUGGCUCCAGGUCAGUGUCCGUGAUCCAAUACGACGGAUCUUUACUUCUUGGCAUUGUGUC